CAGAAGCAGUAUGAUGAUGAGGCCACUCGUCCAAAUGCUUGGCCUGGCAGCCCGGCCCUUCUGAACAUGAACCAUUAUGCCAAUAAGAAGAGUGCAGCUGAGAGCAUGCUGGACGUGGCUCUGCUCGUGGCCAACGCCUCCCAGCUCAAAGCUGUGCUGGACCAGGGUCCAAACGUCUCCUUCUACACCCCCAUCAUCACCCUGAUCGGCCUCUCGCUUUGUCUGCAGGUCACAGUAGGAGUGCUGCUUAUCUUCACAGUGCGAUGGAACCUGAAUGAUGAGCAGAAACACCGGAGGCUGAACUGUAUGGAGAACUUGACCACCGGCCUGGUUUUCAUCAUCGUGGCUGUCAACGUCUUCAUCACAGCUCUUGGAGUCCAUCAGCCAAACCACAACAACUGA